AUGGGAGAGUUCUUUCUGCGCAGGAAGCUACAGGAGCUACACUUUGUAGUGACCACUAGUCGACCUCACAUGGGGACAGAAGGAGAGACUCUUAUCCAGGAUGAUCCUGAUUAUGGUGAAGACUGUGUCUACAAGAGGCCAUGGGAUUAUGGAGCUUGGAAGAGCAGUUACUGCCUUGACACUAAAAAGUUCUUCUGUCUUGACGACUCACUGUUUUUGGUGAGUCAGAUGAAGACAUGGGAGGAGGCUUUGGUCCACUGCAGGUCUCUGAGCUCUGCAGAUCGCAGCUAUGACCUGGCCACUCUCCUCACUGUGGAGGACCAUGACUUUGUGAAGAGCCAGAUUUCAGACAAGGUGUGGACUGGACUGAGGUUCCUGGGAGAUCACUGGGUGUGGGUCGGUGGAGAGGAAGUCCAGUAUGAUGAUCUAUCAACUUGUCCAGAGAAUAAGCGUUGUGGUAUGGUGGACAAGAUGUCCACAGAACCUUAUGAUAUCGCUAACUGUGAGGAACAAAGGCAUUUCUUCUGCUACAAGAAAUCUUUUAGUCCCUAG